AUGAGAAGGAAACCUCACGUUGAGCCACUCAUCCAUCCAGCGCCUCUAAACAAGAUCACCGAAAAGUUUGUACCGAAAGUGAAGAAAACCCUAGCGCCAAUCAAAAGUGAAACGAUUGAGACGGUUUUCCCAUCUCUCAAAUCGAUGAGAAUCGUCGAGUUUUCCGGCGAUUCGCGUGUCACUUUGGGCGUUCCCGACGACAUCGAGGACUAUCUCGAGAUCGUUUUCACUUUAAACCAUCAAAAAAAUCAGGGAAUCCUCUUCGCUUGGUCGGAUGCAAAACGAUAUUUGGUGUUGACGUUGGAAAGCGGUUUCGUCAAUGUGCACGCAUCGAUGGGUUUCGAUGCGAUCACGUUGAGAUCAGAAAGUGUUCUCUCGUUGCACACAUGGCACAAGGCUGAGGUCUGGCGAUCGGGAAAAGGAAUCUUGCUGAAGGUUGAUAAGCAAUCUUGGAUCGAAUCCGAGUUGCAUUCGGUGAGAUCAGUGGGUGAGAGCUCGAGAGGUGGAGUGGCCACAGUGGGCGGAUCCAAUGAGGCAACGCCCAGUCAUCUAUUACCGAUUCACGGUUUUCACGGAUGCAUGAAAAGGGUGGUCCUUAACGGUCACCACAUUCAUUUGGCCAGCCAACCCUCCGUCGGGCUACGUGAAUGCGGCUCAGAUCCAUGUGCAUCAGGUGGAUGUCCGAGCGGAUGCGCGUCAAGAUAUGACUCGUUCGUUGUCUCUGUCAUUGGCCAACCUAUGGAG